ACUUGAUCCACAUCCACUGAUGACUGCAAGCCCAGAGUUUGGCUAGACCCAUGACACCCACUCAAAGGCCCCCGUAGGUCCCCGAACCCUACUUUUAUAACCCUCUGCUCUGUUGGCUGCAAGUUUCCACCCACUCCUCCUCUGAGCAGCCUCCUCUGCAUCUUCCCCUCAUGCUCUCAAGAGUCGGCUCCUCUUGUACUUUUGUAAGGGACUAAUAGUACACAGCGAAAAAGAAUAUAGUUUUGGUAAACUUUACAUUUCUGGGCUUCAAAAAAAAGACGAAAAUACUUAACUUUUCAGGAGUGGUUGAAUGCUGCGUUCACUGACACGACGUGAUUGGAAUGAGAAGACGCGCAAAAAAGAACGAAUAAAUCAGGAUGCACUGGUUAUUGUUCCCCAGUCUAGGCCUGCUUGUUUGUUUUCACAGCUAUAUAGAAGCCUUUACACUGGAAACCAGAACCCACACAUACGAUGAGUCCUACUAUGAGUAUGUGCCUGAUCGCCUGCAAUGGAAGAGUGCUGGGGAGCUGUGUAACCAACGCUCUGGGGCCUUAGCUACCGUCUCCAACCCAAUAGAGAACCAAGAGCUUACCAGCUUUUUAAAAUCAUUGAACAUUUCUCAGCCUGUGUGGAUUGCCAGGAAAGUGGUGACGCAUCUGACAAGCUUCACCAAGACCCAGAUUCUAAAUUUCACUGGGCGCUCGGACAGGAAGCACGCCCGUCUCCUGCACAAGUUCCCCUCCAUGGGCUCAGUGACUGUUUGCACCUAUGUCCGCUUUGACCCACACUGCUUUGGAAUUUCCACAAUUUUCUCUUAUUCCAUCCAGUCAUUUAUUAAUGAGUUCCAGCUCCGUGCGAACCUGACCCAGGGUAGACGUGUACAGCUGGCUCUGCUGGUCCAUGGUAUUCAUGGACGUUACCAAGAAGCCUUCGACCAUGAUGACUCCUGGCACUCUGUGUGUGUUUCUUGGAGCCAGAAAGGUGGACGUUGGGCAAUAUAUACUCAUGGCCGUGUGAUUUCAAAGGGUGAAGGCCUAAAUAGUACUGACAGCAUUGGCCCUGAUGGACUUUUUAUUAUCGGGCAGGAACAGGACACCUUUGGAGGCUCAUUCAAGGCUGACGAAUCAUUCUCAGGGAGCAUCACUGAGCUGCACAUUUGGGAUCGGGUACUGAACAGCAGUGAAAUAUUCACCAUGGAAAAGGAGUGCUCACCCAUUUCCUCUGGGCUGGUGUUCAAGUGGAGUGGAGCAGCUAUGGAAAUAGAGCCCUCCCUUUCAACGCUGUGUGGAGACAGCCCAUGUCAAGGGAACCUCACUGUGUUAGCGGAUUCAUUAUUGGAUUGCUCCCUGGAUAUAAAUUUUUUGCAGAAUCAAACAUUCCCCUUUGAGUUGAUCUACAGCUCUAAAUCUGAUGAGGACUGUGGCAUCUUUGACCCUGUUACAGGGAGCAGUGAGCUAACCGAGUGCAACUCAUUAAAUGGAGCUGUCUGCCGGUUUAAGAAAGAAGGGCUGGAUGUUUUCAAUUUACCAAAGACACCAUUUUUCAGUAGAUUGAACAAGGAUCCUUUGACAAAGCCUGUGAUGGAGGAGCUGAGUGUCAACAACUCCUGGGACAGAGAUCUGACCUUGCUGCAGAAGCUGACCGAAGCUGUUCUACAUACAGUGGAGACCGGCAGCCCUCAUCUCCUGACUUCCAGUGAUGUCCUCUAUCUCUCUCACAUGAUUGACAUAAUUGCACUAGCUAGCACUCACUCUUCAGGAGUUAAUGCAGCAGAGGUCAUGGUGUCCAUUGCUACCAACUACGUAAACAUGGCAGAUUUGAUGCUGGAGCCACACAUGGCUUCACAGUGGAUGGGUCUGACGGAGAAUGGGGUCAGCGUUGGGCCAUUCACUAUUGUCAAGAGCAUUGAUAAUCUCAUUGAAGCUCUUGCAGACAUGCUGUCUGCCGAGGGAAGAGGCUUUACGCUUUCCACAAAGAACAUAGAUGUGUACAUGAAGUGGCAGAAGCUGUCUCAGGAGAGCUGCAAUCAAGUCUUCAAGCCAUCUGCGGUUGGCUCUCACAAGCCCAGCAGCACUAGUCUUGAUGAGUUGCUUAUCCCUGAAACUGAGCUCCAGAGGAUUCACACGCUAGGAUAUGAGGAAGUGAUGUUUAUUCAUACCCACUACAGCCAUCUCAGUGAGAUUGUGUCUGAAGCCAAGGAGCCUACAUUGAACCACCAAGCAAACUCAAAACAAAUUACUUCAGGACACUUAGCUUCUGCUGUCAUAUCAGCCUCCAUCCGUGAUUCCUCCAAGGCGCACACCAUCCCUGUGGCCGUCCAGUACACCCUGUCCUCAUCACAAGUGGUGGAGUAUUCACAGAGAGUUACCCCUGUUUGUGCUUUUUGGAAUUUCAGCCUGAUGCAUAGUCAUACCAGUAGCUGGUCCACUGAUGGCUGUACGGUGACCUUUGUCGGCUCUGAUGUGACUUCCUGUCUUUGUAACCACACCACCAACUUUGCAGUGCUGAUGAAUUACAUGGAGUUGAAGUGGAGUCCUGAGGAAGAGCUUAUUUUGACCAAGCUGACAUUCAUUGGCUGUGGUGCAUCUCUGUGUGCACUGGUUGUGACCUUGAUGCUUUUCACAGUUCUGGAUAUCCCCAAAUCUGAUAGGACGUCCAUCCAUAAGAACCUGUUCAUUGCUCUUAUCUGCGCUCAGGUGAUUCUGCUCUGCAGCGGCUCGGCCAUUCACAACAAGGUGGCAUGUACACUUGUAGCAGCGCUGCUCCAUCUCUUCUUCAUGGCAGCGUUUAGCUGGAUGCUGGUAGAGGGUCUUCUGCUCUGGAGCAAGGUGGUCGCAGUCAACCUAAACGAAGACCAGCAUAUGAAGUACUACUAUCUCAUCGGCUGGGGUCUGCCGGUGCUGAUAGUCACCAUCACACUAGCAUCGGCUUCAGGCAAAUACUCAGCUGACGGCUACUGUUGGCUCAGUGUCCAGAAUGGCAUUAUCUGGGGCUUCGCUGGGCCUGUCAUCUUCAUCAUUAUGGUGAACAUUUUGAUACUGACCAGAGUGGUGGUCAUCACCAUCUCCACAGCCAAGCGAAGGUCCAUCAUGUUGGCCAUGGGAACCAGUCCUGUGGAGCAAGCCUAUGACCAAAUCAGGGCAGCAGUGAAAGCAGUGCUGGUGUUGCUGCCCAUUCUUGGAUUGACAUGGCUGUGUGGCGUUUUGGUACCUUUCUCCAUUGUCAUGGCCUACAUCUUCAUCUUCCUCAACUCCCUACAGGGCCUGUUCAUCUUUCUGAUAUAUGGGGUGUACAACACAGAGGUUCGGAGCACGGUCAACAGGAUCAAGGAGAGGAGAAAAGCACUUAAUUUUUCAAAUUGUGCCAGUUCCCGACCAUCCAGCUCAGUUACCAACUCUCGCCCUGUCAGUUUUCCACUGGGAACAACCGCAAGCCAGGAGGAGGAGGCCUACGCCUGCAGCAGCACACCUGGGCAGGGGACGGAAGAGGAGAGUACCAGAGCAUUUGCCUGGAAGUUGGAGAGGCCAGGGGCACACUGGAAAGAAAGGAGUGAAAACUUCCUGAGCCCAGCUUUCACCUCCUUCUCUCCACCCGUCACCUCCAGUGUAGCCUUUCAGGAAAGCACCUUAUAUUCAAGUCAGCUGUCCAUUCCUUGUGCUCCAGAGAGACUAGAAAAUCCCCUGAGCCAAACCUCUAAAGGCACUCAUCCGGAUAGAGAGGAGCCUCCUCCUUCAGAAGUGGAUGCCUUGCCGCCUGGUUGCAGUCUUCACGUUCCCAUGGAGCUUGAGUUUGCAGCUUCGUGUUUCCCUCGCAGCCCUGCGCCUCAGAAAAGCUACGGCCUCGUCUACGUUGAUUGACCUGGCUGGCGUGAUGAAGAUUACGGUUUUGUAUUGUGAUUUCUUUUUUAUUCACGCUAUCGGUGCAGUGUUUCUUUUUAUCGGGCUCCUUUUUCUUACCUGUCAAUUUGAAGAAUUGACAGGUAUUAUCUGUUACCCAUUAUGAAUAUAGAGACAUGGGGAAAUUUAGUACAUGUGCCCUUGAGUGUUACAUUCCUUUAUACUGGUUGUAAGUAUUUUUAGUGAACCAAGACUCAUUCAUUCAACACAUGACACGUGCUGGAUGAUAAUGUAAGCUUGAUGCCUCAAAUAUGUUUUGAAUCUAAACUUACAUUCCAAGUUCUUACUAAAAUCAUGUUUCUAUUUUAUGUUUUUUUUCCAAUGUCUUUCUUAACUUUUUUUUGACUGUGCAGUGACUUAAGAAAACAUACCACCCUUCAGUAUAUUAAGCUCAUUAAGUAACAUUGCGUUCUUGUAACCCAUUUCUGUAGGAUACAUAUUGUGUCCCUGGUUCGAUUCAAGUGGGAACAUUUAUCUCAUAUGAUCCCCCCUCUCUCUCUCUCCACCUGGGUUUUCUGUCACACUAUUAUCAGCUGUCAAAUAUAGGUUAGAAUAGCACCGAAAGUACUAGCAUGAGGCUGAACAGAGUGAUACUGUGCAUAAUUUACUCUCCUGUCUGCAUAUGGGUUUUGAUCAUGUCUGACUGUUGUUUUUAUGUGCUGAAAACUAUAAUUCUUCUUAAUGUGUCUUUAGUAUUAUGCAAGGAGUGCUUGAAUUACAUUUCCCCACAAAAAAAAAAACAAAAAACAAAAAUGCAAUGAAAUGGAAGAAUGCAGCGUUAGUGUGCGGAGGAAGCGAGAAUCUGGUGUUAUAAGCAUAAUAAUUAUUUAUUGAAAUAUGAGGAAAAAUUCAAUUAACCUCAGAGAGAGACACUCCCCCAGGACCAGAUAGUGAUAGGAGCAUUCAGAAUGUCAGCAGGAGGGGCAAAAGUCAUAGACAAGCGGGAAGGAAAUGGCAUAUUUAUGUUUUGUGCAUCCAUGUGUGGAAAAAUGUACAUUAGCAUAUAAUGCACAAAGGUAGUCAUUGUUUAAAUCCUUGACAAAGCAUUUAUCCUGGAUACAAGUCUGUCUGACAAUGACUAUGUAGCGUAAAAUUAGUUUGUUGUGAAGCAAACAACUGGAUUUCUCUUUUUUUUUAAAACUUCCAAAAACACUCUCUGAAAACUCUCAUUUAUUAAGCUAUCUCCAAACAGAACCCUCUUGGUGGUAGAGUAGGACUGCAGCAGUGUUAGAACAAACAUGCAGUAAAAAGCAGAGCCUCUGCACUGGUCACAUUAGUGACUGCUUUCCUUGCACGUGGUUUAUAGUUGACCUGGAUGUUAUAGUAAGUCCAAGGCAGCUGCAGAACCUAAACACAGACUUUUGAGAAGGUGGACGAUAAGAUUGUCUGAUCACGGGGGACACAAUUAAUGAGGGUAACAGAUGGUUGAAGCUCAGAAUCAGAAACAGCUUUCAGAUUUCAGUGAAUUUUCUGUACAUUAAACAUGCCAUCGAAAGACUUUUGAUUAUUCCAUGACUUAUUUAACAAAAUGUUGACAAGAUAAACAAAUAAACACCACAGGUUGUUGUG